AUGAGACCCCCUUCUUUUGCUGGAGGACCUGACCUGAUUGUAGUUGAGAACUGGAUUCUGUAUGUUGAGGAGAUUCUAGCAAUAUUGGCAUGUAUAGACGAGCAGAAAGUGGCGUUUGCGUCAUUUAAGUUGACAGGAGAGACGUUUGUUGAGGUGGUGGAUAGAGUUGCUGUCAUUGAGAGUGAUAUGCAGAGGAGCGCUGCAGCUCAGGGCUGGAGGAAGAGGUCUGCGCCUCAGGAUUUGCAGGUGAGCUCUAGCCAAGGGCCAUGGAGAGGAGAUCACUAUGGAGGUGGUCAGAGACAGAUGACGGGCCGUGGUGGUUUUCAUAGUGGAGGGGCUGCUCCUGUCUGUCCUAGAUGUGGCCGCAGACAUCCAGGUGAAUGCAGGAUGGGUGAGGACGUGUGCUAUCGAUGUGGGAGACCCAGGCAUAGAUCUUGGUUGUGUCAGGGAUUGACAACUCAAGCACCAGCUCCCAGACCAUACCAGGGUGGUUAUCAGGCGCCCUGUGGAGGAUAG